AUGGAUAUUCCUCUGGCUGGUAAUAAAUUGCAGCUGAAGAGCCUAUAUUUCAAACUUCUAGCCACGGAUGUGAAACCAACGUGGAAGCAUAUGAUGUUUGGUAACUUUGCUCGACCUCGUUCUAUUUUCAUUUUUUGGUUAGCUUGUAAUGGUAGAUUGGCAACAAAAGAGAGGAUGAAGAGAUUCGGUUUGCUCCCCGAGGAUAAAUGUUUGUUCUGUCCGCAACAGGAAACUAUAAGUCACCUUUUCUUUUGUUGUAACCGGCUUAGAAGUAUCUGGGAAAAAGUUCUGCACUGGGCUAAUAUUGCCCACACACCAAUGGAUUGGGAUAGAGAACUUGCUUGGGCUACUAGAAACUGCAAGGGCAAGAGCUGGAGAGCUACACUUUUGAAAAGUGCCAUUACCGAAACUGUGUAUGCAGUGUGGAAAGCGAGGAAUGAGAUGGUUUUUGGUCGGAGAAAUCACAUAGAUGCCAUUGAUAAAGAUAUUAUAGACACUCUUGUAUAUAGACUAUGGAAUGCUAAGAAAUAUAGGGACCAAUUAGUUAUGCUUAUGCUGUAG